AUGUUCCUCGACGACGACGUGCAGCGUCUGGAGAUCCUCGAGAGACUCGAGCGCCACGUCGACCUCCUGGAGGCGGCCGCGCGCGCGGCCGAGGCCCGCGCGCGGCGCCGCGCGCGGACGUGCCUCCUCGUCGGCGCCGCGGGCUGCCUCGCCGGCGCGGGCGUCCUGCUGUGGCGUGCGCGCCGCCGGCACCGCGCCCGGCGGCGGCCGCGCGACGCCUCCAAAGACGACGAUGGAAACGCGCGCUGGCGCUCCGGCGACCCGCGCGUCGUCCUGGGCGUCGGCCCCUUCGCGUCGCGGGCCGCGUGCCGCGCCGCGUACCUCGAGCUCGCGCGCCGCUACCACCCGGACAAGUCGGGGUCCGCCGCGACGGGCGAGGCGUUCGCGGCGAUCAACGCCGCGUGGACCAAGAUCGAUAGUAGGAGUGUGUAA